AUGGGAAAAGGUAGCAGAGUGGUUGUCUGUGGCUCAGCAUCUGUUGGGAAAACAGCGAUCCUUGAGCAGCUACUAUAUGGAAACCACACAGUAGGUGUGGAAAACAGUGAAACUUUGGAAGAUGUAUAUAUUGCUUCAGUGGAAACAGAGCGUGGUGUGAAGGAGCAGCUUCGCCUUUAUGAUACUCAAGGAUUACAGGAAGCUAUGGAAUUACCAAAGCACUAUUUCUCUGUUGCUGAUGGUUUCAUUUUGGUCUACAGUGUAGACAACCUUGAAUCUUUUAAAAGAGUUGAAAUUCUGAAGAAAGAAGUGGACAAGUUUAGGGAUAAAAAGGAGGUUGUAAUUAUAGUUUUGGGAAACAAAGCUGAUCUCACUGAGCAAAGACAAGUGGAUUCUGACAUGGCGCAGCAGUGGGCUAGAAGCGAGAGAGUAAAAUUAUGGGAAGUGUCAGUGACCGAAAGGAAGACUUUAAUUGAACCAUUUACAGCGUUAUCCAGCAAACUCAAUCAACCUCAAGGCAAAUCCACUUUCCCAUUGCCUGGAAGAAAAAGUAAAGGAACCCCUUCUUCUGAUAAUUAAAACUCUAGAAUAUUUAGCUAUCGUUAAUAAAAUUGUGGGACAAAAGUGUCAUUAUUAACAA